CAGACUCAUAAACUUAAGGGAGCUGUCCCCAAUCUUAUUCAUCCCGAGCUGAGUGACGAUCAGACUCUACACAAUCUUACCAGCAGUUCGUAAAUAGGAAUGCUGAGAAACCUUUGAUGGCAAGUGACACAGCACAAAAGACUGGGAGUGUGCAAGAAUGAAAAGAAGAUGUGCUGUCUUACAUUGGUUAAGAUGCAAGUUCUAUGUGUCCGUCGUGUCAUUAUUUGUUGUGCUGAAGCUGGUGUACAUAAAGUUUUCAAUGGACAAUGUCUAUAUUGAGCCCUAUAGAUCAUCCAAUGCUCACCCUCUGGAUGGCAUUAACUGCACAGACAUUUAUAAUCUGGAACCAGUGGAAAUUGGCAAGUCAUUGGAGAUAAGACGCAAACACAUUGUGGAAACUGACGAUAAGAGUCUUGUUUCUUUCACUGCCGACUGCAAGAAGUACACCGAACAGAGGGGCUAUAAUGAGAUCAGUGUAACUGAUGAGGAAUGCAGCUUUCCACUUGCGUACUCUUUAGUGGUGCACAAAAACAGCGCAAUGGUGGAAAGGAUUUUGCGAGCCAUAUACACACCGCACAAUAUCUACUGCAUCCAUUACGACCAAAAAUCUUCUAAACAUUUUAUCGAAGCAUUGAAGAACUUGGAGAAAUGUUUACCCAAUGUAUUCAUAGCCUCUAAACUUGAGUCAGUUCAGUAUGCACACAUUUCAAGACUCAAUGCAGAUCUCAACUGCCUUUCAGACCUGCUGAACUCAGAGGUCAAAUGGAAGUAUGUUAUCAAUUUGUGUGGCCAGGACUUCCCACUCAAGUCCAAUUAUGAGCUCGUGACUGAGCUCAGGAAACUGAACGGAACAAACAUGCUUGAAUCAAGCCGGCCCAGUGCAAUGAAAAAGAAGCGGUUCCAGUUUCAAUAUGAUCUAAAAGAAGUAUCUUAUGAAUACCGGAAAAUGCCUGUUAAAACCUCCAAAGCUAAAGACCCACCACCACAUGGCAUUGAGAUGUUUGUUGGGAGUGCCUACUUUGUCCUGACACAUGAUUUUGUGAGAUAUGUUAUGACCAAUCAACUGGCAAAGGACUUUCUGCAGUGGUCUGCUGACACCUAUUCUCCCGAUGAGCACUUUUGGGCAACGAUGUCCAGAGUGCCUGGAGUUCCUGGGGAGAUCCUCAGAUCUGAGCCUGAUGUUACAGACCUGGAGAGUAAGACACGUUUGGUUAAAUGGAACUAUCUGGAAGGACGUCUGUAUCCGCAAUGCACUGGCACACACAGGCGUAGUGUCUGCAUCUAUGGUGCCACAGAGCUCCGGUGGCUUCUGGACGAUGGCCACUGGUUUGCAAACAAGUUUGAUCCCAAAGUCGACCCUGUCAUUAUUAAAUGUCUCGAAGAGAAACUUGAGGAGAAGCGGCUUCAGAAUUGCCUGAACAGAGUCUCCUAAAAAAAGGGCCUUUUUUUUAUUUAUUCUGCUUUGUGAUGAUUGAAGCAUGAAUGUUUGCUGCAGCACUUUGGUCCAUUCAAAGCACCAACUAUGGGAAAGGUUAGCUGUAUUUCUGACCUGUUCCCUUUAGAUUUCCAUGUUGUCAUCCAAAAUGAGUUUAUUUGACAUUUGUGAAAGUGCCUUUCUGCUACAGCUUUAUUACUUUGCCCAAAAGAUGAAUUUAUAUGUGCCUUGGCUAUGAAAUAGCUCAUUUUAAUUUAUUAAUUCCAGUACUAUAAGAUAUAUGGACUCCAUGGAGAUGCUUUUUAGCUUUAUUGAAUCAGUUUAGAUGGAAACUUUCUUAGGGCUUCAGCAGUGAGUGUUGUGCUUGGUUGGGUGUUUCUUUCAUAUGCAAAGAAUAAAAACUGUCCUUCAAUGUUAAAAUAUGCGGCGUAGUACAUUUAUAGCAAUAUUUACCAAAGUUUCUCUCUUUUCAAGUGUUAUACAUUUGGAUUUUUGAAUAAUUUAUAAUAAUUGACUAUCCCUACUGUACUGUAUGGUCAGUAUUUACUUUAUCAAAUAAAUUCAGCUUUGGUACUUUUA